GCCUUGUUGGUCAACGCCGUCAAUUUGUUUUUGCAGGUCUUCUUCACCAUCAUGUUCAGCGACUUGGAGUGCGACUACAUCAACCCCAUCGAGCUCUGCAACAAGAUCAAUCCCUACGUGCUUCCCGAGGCCACGCUCCACUUGGUGCUCACUGCCUUGAUGCUCCUCAAUGGCCACUGGUUCACCUUUGCCUUGAACCUCCCCCUCACGGCCUACAACAUCAACAAGCUCUUUGUCGUCAAAAACCACCUUCUCGAUGCCACAGAAAUCUUCCGCACCCUCUCCAAACACAAGCGCGAGAGCUUGCUCAAGUUGGGCUUCCAUCUCUUGAUGUUCUUCUACUACCUCUACCGAAUGAUCCUCUCCUUCAUU